UGACGUCUUGCGUUGUUCCGCAGCCCUGGAUGCACCUCAAGAUGCUGGUGCACUGGUUGUUCACGGCACUGCUGUGGUUCGGCUCGCUCAGCUCGCACACCCUGGCGCAGGCCGGCCACGUUCUCAUGCAGGUGGCCCAGGACCUGAGCCCCGACUACUCGGAGGGCGAGUACGCGGACGUGGCGUUCGACCCGGACCCCACGGCGACCAACGGGCCGGAGGAGAAGGUGACCAAGGUGCCGGUCGAGCGCAUCUUCAACAAGCUGCUCAUCAACCGGACGCGGCCGCAGCCCUGCGACCAGCAGGUGGACCUGUUCCUGCUGGCCAACGCGAGCAACGUCCACAUCCCGAUGAACGGGUGCAGCCGGCCCUUCGUGGCGCACAGCAUCCCCAACAGCAACCUGCUGCUGCUCGUCGUGGACGCGCUCUGCCCCCAGGAGGAGCCGCGCCAGGUGCACGAGGUGACGCUCAGCCCCACCGAGGUGGUGUACAACGCCUCGCUCAGCUGCUACAAGGUCGGCCCCGGCUGGGACCUCAACCGGAAGAAGCCACGCUCGUGCUUCAACCACCACCCUAAGGAGAGGGAGAUCGAGCUCUGUGGUGGGGCCACGUCCCUCACAGCGUGGACCUUCCUGAGCAUAGUGCUCUCUCUGCUGGUUCUUAGGAUAGGAACCUGUCGCCAUCUCAGAGUAAUUUCAUGAGGGUAAUUUUUUUCCUAAUCAUAAGACGAUAGUGAGCCCAUUUGUCUGUGAUAUAGAAUUUAAUUGAAAGCCUCUGAUGUGAACAUGAGAAGCCCAAAACAAAUUUCUCACUCUUUGACACAUUCCUGAAAAGAACUGAGAACGUAUUAUUACUAUUGUUAUGAUAAUUACUAUUAAAAGUCAUUCCCCCAUGA